AUGGCGCGCAACAUACCAGCCAAGGCAGUGGUGCCCUUCCUGGUGGCCAUGAUGCUGGCCACCGGCGUCUGCAACACGCUCCUCACUAAAUAUCAGGACAUGCAAUGCGUCCGCAACUGCUCCUCCGCCGACCCCUCCAAGCGCCACCACUUUGAACAGCCCGUCAUCCAGACGGCGCAGAUGUUCAUCGGCGAAAUGGGCUGCUGGCUUGUCGUCGGCGGCUUCGCGCUCUACAACCGCUACCUCUCCCGCUCCACCUCCACCUCCUAUCAACCAGUCCCGUCAGGCGAAGCCGAGGCCGAUGGGGACGACGAUAACGAAGCUCCCCUGGCAGCCCCGCUACAUCUGAAGACUGACCACGAAGGCCGCAUACCGCUUGAAGGGUGGAAGGUGUUACUGCUCGCGCUGCCGGCGUGUUGUGAUAUCGCGGGCACGACGCUUAUGAACGUGGGAUUGCUGUUCGUGGCGGCGAGCAUAUACCAGAUGACGCGUGGCGCGCUGGUGCUCUUUGUCGGGCUCUUCAGCGUGCUGUUCCUGAAGCGGAGGCUCGGUCCCUACAAAUGGUUUGCACUGUUCGUCGUUGUCGCUGGUGUGGCUGUUGUAGGGCUGGCGGGGGCUAUCAGCCAUGAUGAUAAGGCGAGGCUGGGUGCUGCCGGAGCGGAGCAGUUGCAGUGGCAUGAGGAGAUCAAGGGGUAUGUCGGAACGGCGCUGAGGUUCGCGAGAGAUGUGGCCGACGAGGCACACAAGGCGGCGAAGUCACGCUCGAGCGUGCAGACUAUCAUUGGAGUGCUUUUGAUUGCGGGUGCGCAGAUCUUUACGGCAACGCAGUUCGUGCUUGAGGAGAGUAUCAUGGAGAAGUAUGCCCUCGAGCCGAUAAAGGUUGUGGGCUGGGAAGGCCUCUUCGGAUUCGUAGUCACAGUCAUUGGUAUGGCGGUCUUGCACCUUGCGGUGGGUAGGACCGAGUCUGGACGGUACGGGUAUUUCGAUGCGAGGGAAGGACUAUGGGAGAUUACGCAUUACAGGGCAAUUGCAAUGAGCAGUCUCUUGAUCAUGAUAAGUAUCGGCGGCUUCAACUUCUUCGGCCUCUCAGUCACCCGCACGGUCUCCGCAACAUCUCGCUCGACGAUCGAUACCUGCCGAACCCUCUUCAUCUGGAUCGUCUCGCUGGGGCUUGGCUGGGAAACCUUCAAGUGGCUGCAGGUUCUUGGCUUCGCGCUUCUCGUAUACGGGACCUUCCUGUUCAAUGACCUCAUCAGACCGCCUCUCAAGGCCUGUAUCACGCGGAAAGACGAGGCGGAUGAAGAGCUCCUGCCCGAGCAUCCAAUCGAGCACACCUAG